CGCGUCGCCAACCCCGACUUUACGUGAGGAGAUCAGUUCACGAUGCCCUUUGCUCUCCACUUCCCCGCGCCCCCGACGUUGCAACAAGAUGGGGCGCUUGGUUAUCCAACUGCUCGAACCAGACGACCGAAAUGUCAAGCGUCCGUGAGCUGCUCAAUGCGACAUGGGCAGGCAUCUUCUCGCAAGUUCCCCUGAUCUCGCAUGGACACCCCUAACUUGUCCCUGUCGUCGUGGCGAUGAGGUGUAUAAAGGGAAGCCAUCGAGGCUUUUCCCUGCGCCAUGAGGCGCUAACCAUCUCGCCACCCACGCGGUCCAACCAUCUCCCCCGACGAAAUCCGCUCGCUCUUCAACAUGAGAUCUCUGGCCACAGCCGCCACGGCCCUCGCCGCCCUGCUCCCGCGAGCGGUGAGCCAGGCUACGACCUAUGAGCCGACGUGGGAGUCGACCGACAAGCACGUCGCCUCGCCUGAGUGGUUCCGUGAUGCGAAAUUUGGCGUCUACUGGCACUGGGGCGCCUUCACCACGCCCCAGUACUCGAGCGAGUGGUACGGCCGCAACAUGUACCGUCACGACAACGACGUCAGGCCCGAGCACACGCGCCGUUACGGCGCCCCCGAGGAUUGGGGUUACCACAACUUCAUUCUGGGCAACAAGGACCUGGCUGGGAACCACGUCGAGUUCAAGCCUGUGCUGGCAUCCGAGGGCGGCGAGUUCGACCCGGCGGCCUGGAUGGAGGUCAUCAAGGCCUCGGGCGCGCGCUUCGCCGGCCCCGUGGCGGAGCACCACGACGGCUACUCCAUGUGGAACAGCACGGUCAACGAGUGGAACUCGGUCAACCUAGGGCCCCGGCUCGACCUGCUCAAGCUGUUCGCCGGCCUUGUCCGGGACAACGACAUGAAGCUGCUCGUCGCCAUGCACACCGCCUUCAACACCAACGGCUUCUACAGCUCCGCGCCCAAGCAGACUAGACACACGAUGCAGAAGCUGUACGGCCAACUGCCCAGGGACGAGUCCGACAGGCUGUGGUUUGCCAAGCAGCGCGAGAUGCUCGACCACGUGCAGCCAGACAUCGUCUGGAACGACUUUUCACUCGACAGCCCUGGGUACUGCGAGGAGGGCUCCCCUUGCCGCAUUGCCGAUGAGGAGCGCCUCAACUUCCUGGCCUACUACUUUAACCGCGGUCAAGACUGGGGCAAGGAAGUCGUCACGACCUUCAAGCACUUCGACAACGGCUUCCGCAACACCUCGGCCGUGGCCGACUGGGAGCGCGGCGGCCCCGCCGAGAUCUCGCGUCCCUACUGGUUGACCGACGACGCCAUCUCGGCCUCGAGCUGGAGCUACACGGUCGGCAUCCACUACCACCCGGCCAAGGCCAUGCUCCACUCGCUCCUCGACCGCGUCAGCAAGAACGGCAACAUGCUCCUGAACGUUUCGCCCACGGCCGCCGGCGUCCUGCCCGAGGGGCAGGAGGCCGUGCUGCGCACCAUAGGCGACCACCUGGCCCGCUACGGCGAGUCCGUCUAUGGCACGCGCGCCUGGGACAUCUACGGCGAGGGGCCCAACGUGGCCGGCGGCGGGUCCUUCACGAAGCCGCUCGAGGGCAACAGCAGCGACGUGCGCUUCACGCGCACCAAGGCCGGCGACGUGCUCUACGCAUCGGUCCUGGGCUGGCCCGAGGAGGGCGAGGUGGCCAUCCGCAACCUCGGCUCCGACGCGCUCGUCGACCUCUCGGGCCUCAAGUCGGUCGAGCUGCUGCUCGGCGGCGAGGGGCAGUACGCCGCCGUGUCGGGGUGGAAGCAGAAGCCGGAUUCGCUCGUCAUCUCGCUGCCUGCCGGGCAGAAGCCGCAGGAGUCGCUUGCGUAUGUGCUCAAGCUCUCUUUCGACCAGGGAGCCGGCGGCAUCCCCGUGCCUCAGCAAAAGUUUGGGGCUUCGGUGUUUGCCGAGCCGGCCGUCUCGGGCAAGGGAGUCUCCCUUAAGGAGGGCCAGUUCCGGGCCGACUUCCUGACCGAGGCUGGCGUUAAGCCCGCCGACAUCAGGUUCAUCCGCGUCUCGCCCGGCACCAAAGCGACCGUGUUUGCCAACGGCGACCUGACCGGCGCCAGCUCAGACCUGCUCGCAGGGAGCCACGUUGUCGAGGCGGGCUCUGUGGGUGCGUUGGCUGUCUCGCGGCUUUAGGAUCGCUACAAGCAGCUGGGAAUGCUACUCGUCUCCUUGUCGGGACCUAUUCCACGCUCGGAGGCAUUGAUAGCGGAAAAUACGAAAAAAAAAAAAUGAAUAAUAACCUUUAACACAUGCCUCCAUUAGUGCCGGUGUUCUCAACUGUGGUCAAAAGCGCCAAUAUCGCUACGAA